AUGAAAAUAGCUGUGAAUUCAUUGUUGUCAUUACUUGAUGUGGGAACAGGCUUUUGUUAUUGGUUAUUAGGUCGAGAUUUACUUGAAGACGAAAUAAAAUGUAUAGAAAAUCUAUUCAUCACAGUUCACAAACCCGAAGACGAAUGUUAUCUCAUAGAGAAAUUGAAUAGUCUAGCACCUGGCAAAGAUUUAUUACUUAUAUGCGACCAAGAAAACCAUAAUCUUGUUCAAUGGUGUGUAUUAAAUAAAUAUAACCAAGCACUUCUUGUCCUACUCGAAUAUGGCUGUAAUCCAAGUCGAACAGGAAUAUCUGGCUAUGAUCUACCACUUGCGUUAGCUUGUUGUCUAGGUCAAAUGGAUAUGAUACAAUUAUUACUCGAUCACGGUGCCAAUCCAUCUGAAUCAACGAUUUUAUCAUCCGAUAUAUUGAAACAUUUAGCUGGAGAAACGGAUCGUGAACGUUAUUUGAAGUUAAUUGAUUUAUUGAAAUAUCGGCCUUGUAUCACUUCAUUGAGUAUUGUUUUGACCUUUGAUGAUUUAGCGAUGUUUCAUCUCUUGACCGGCGAAACAUCACAUUCAUUAUCGGUAUCAGGUUCAUUGACAUCGUCAGUCUCAUCAGUAAAUAUCACUCAAGCAAUAGACGAUACAAAUAUGAAACUCUCUUAUGCAGAUUUUGAUAUAUUUCAUGAGCAAUUCAACAUUGAAAAUUACGUCGAAAACAUUCUUCCCAACGAAACCGAUGAAGGUAUUGAUCAACAACAACAACAGCAGCAGCAAAACAUCAAUACAAAUGACGAUCUAUCCGAUUACGCUGAUCAUGGACACUUCUUUUCCCUCUGUGAUACUCUCGAUGGUGAAUCAGCUGUCGUCAAUCAUGAUGAUGGCAUACAGGCUUUAUCGGACAAAGGUAAUCACGUUGAGAGAAUUCAUGAAGAGGAAGCAUUCAUUCCUGCCGCAACAACUGACGGUGGUUAUUACACAGUAGAUGGAAGUUCAGGUCGAGUUAAAACACAACCACUACCAACAGUACCGGUUAAACAACAACAGUUACGUGAAAUUCAAAACCAAGAAAUGAAUUUAAAUUUAUGCUCUGUCAAUACUAAUCAACUUCAUGAUUGUCGACAAGUAAAUGAAGUUAUCCAUCGAACGAAAAGUCAACAACAACUGAUAAAACUACUGAACUCUCCCAGUCAUACAAUGCAUCGUCAUUCGUUGCCAAUCAAUGUUUACGAUCAAGUAAAUGAUCAACCAGCGAGACGUUCACGUUCAACUUCAUCGUUUCUUCUAUCGAAUAUGUCGAAUUCAACGAAACAUACAGCUUAUCUGUUACGUUUAUUACAUCAGAUGAUUGAACGUGAAGCUGCAACAAUUCUCGAGUACUUCCUUCGUCGACAUCUCGAUGAAUUCAACGAUCAUUUUCAUAAAGCAGCAAGUAGUUCAGAUAUUCAACUAAAAACCUACGAAUUAUUAUCGAAUAUCAAAUCAGAUCGGAUCUAUAAUGUUCUUCUCUCUUCCAAUUGUGCAUACUUUAAUACGGUUACAACGAGUUUAUGCGAUCGAGAGAAUAAUACGUUAGUACAUUCGUUAUUGGGACAAAAUCCAUUGAAGUAUCAACCAACAGAAAUGAUUAAAAUGGUUGAAAGGUAUAUGUCAUGUGGAUUGAAAGAAUUCAUUAAUAGACCAAACUUAUCCAAUCAUUGUAUGAUUCAGAUACUUUUAUGUAAUGAGCAUUUUCUUAAAAUGAUCUUCUUUCCACGAAGUCUACAAUCAUCAUCAACACCUGCUUCAUUAAAUACCGAUUCUUUAACAGUAUUAUUACCAACAUAUGAUCCUGAAAUUGUCGAGAAAUGGCGCCAUUCGUAUUUGAUUCUAAUUGAAAUCCUAAUAAAACACGGUGCACGAAUUGAUAUACCUGCUGGUUCGUAUCGAAACAGUCUCGAUUGUCUUCUUUCAUCCUUGAUCGAUGUUGCCAAACGUUUAUCCUCAAUCACCACGACAUUCGAUGUGAAAUAUUUGAAACGUUUAAUUCUCGUCCUUCUCUCAUCCUUAAAUCAAACCAAAACUCGUCUAAUCUAUUUCAAAUACAACAUCGAACGUUUCAUUCAUCUUCUCUACUCCAUUCACAUCCACAACGAUGAUCUCUCUGAUAUCCUUUCAAUCAUUCAUCACCUUGUUCAAUAUGAAUAUCAACCAUUGAGAUUGAAUACCAAUACGUUAGGACAUCUCUUUAAACUAUGGUUAACGAAUCCGAAUUUUUUAUGUUCGAGUUUAAUCGGAAAAGAUCUAUUUAUGCAACAAUUUCUAACGAUCAUCAUCCGUCGAAUUGGUUCAAUAUCGCAAAUCAAUGAAAAUCCUUUGCUAUUACCAAGUACAUCGAAUUUAUCACGCAAAUCUUCAGUUACAUCGAAUGAUAAUGAUAUAAAUCUCCAAAAUCUUUUCUUUUUACUCCUAAAUUUAAUAUCAUUGAAUCUAACAUGUUUACAAAUCCAUGCCAUUUACGAAUUGAUAUUGAUCUUUCUUAACCAUACGACUAUUGACAUAGUUAAUAAUGAUUUAUCACAAUUACCUAUUGUUUAUCUAUGUUCACAAGUGAAAUUAAUCAAUUCUUCAUUAUUGAUUCCAUUUAUUGAUCUAUUUACUAUGAUACAUUCAUCGGUAAUGAUCAAUAGAACGAAAGACACAUUAGCACAAAUAUCGAUAAAACGUUUAUCGAUUGAUUUAUAUAAACAUUUUCUUUCCAUUGAAAAACCAACAGUAUUUGUACGUUCACUUCGACAUAUAACAACGAAAUAUCUUCAUCAUCAUUUGCAAAAGCCAUUUCUGGAUAGUGUUAAUCAUUUACCUAUUGGCGAUGCAAUCAAACAACGUCUAAUUCAUUUCAAUGAUAUCUAA